AUGCUCUCAAAAGCGCUCUUUACUGUGGCAUUGGCCACUUCAGCCAAUGCUCUCUCGCUGCCUCCACUCAUUCCGGCCAUUCCUGGUGUGACUGAGCCUCUGGCUACCAAUGCGCCGCCUCUUCCUAUUCUUCAGGUCCCGACCCCUCCACUUGACAGCCCUCCGUUCACGAGCAACCAGCAGAUAAAGCCCAAGAAGAUUGGCUAUUUCUGGACUGGUGCAGGUGACAACAAUCACAAGGAUUUCCUUGCGACCUACUCACUCGACGAUGACACAUUCGGCACUCUUCUUUGGGUCACGGAUGUACCAUCCAGUGGUAACAGCCCACAUCAUCUUGGGCCCACGCUCGAUGGAAAAACGUUGGUCGGUGGUGGUCUGCUGUCUCUGCUCAAGACUCAGGACACUGCUUACUAUUUCGACACCACCAACCCCUAUCAACCGAAGUUCAAGAAGAGCAACCGAGCGUUGCUGGGGUCCAUCACUGACGAGAUCCGUGCUAAGCCUGAUGGUGGCUUCUUCAUUACCUACAUGGGAUCCGCUGUGGGCACUUCACCAGGCCGUCUCAUUGAGACAGAUGCCAACUUCAACAUCAUCCACGAGUGGCCUGAAGAUGUCAGCUCCACUCUCAACAUCCUCGGGGAGCAAUUCUCGCCGCACGGCCUCAGCAUCGACUUCAAGAAAAACAUCAUCUUGACGAGCGACUUCGUCGUGCCGGUCACGAUCCUCAAACCCGCCUCCGCCAUCGGCAUCCAGAAAGCUAACACACUGCGUCUCUGGGAACUGUCCACUCGCAAGAUCAUUUCCACAAUCACGAUUCCCGACGGCAAGGGUAUCCAGGAUGUCAAGUUCAUUCCAGGUAACUCUGAGUCUGCUGCACUUGCAACUGCUGUCGGUCCAGGUCAGGUCUGGAUCAUCUAUCCUUUCCGCAAAGACUCCAACGGCAAGCAGGGUGUCGCCGAGCUCCUCUUUGAUCUCGGUCCUAAGGCUCGAGACAAUCUUGCCAUCUACUCCGAUAUCUCGGACGAUGGCAAGCUCGCAUACUUUACGCUUACGCUCGGCAACCACGUAGCUGCUCUGGACAUCUCGGACCUCAACAACGUUAAGCGCCUCGACGACCCAGAUGAGGACCAGGGUAUCAUUGGCCCUCACUACGUUAAGAUCUCGCCCGACAAGAAGAACCUGCUUGUCACCGAUUACUUCGUCCAGACAGGCUCGAUUGGAGUCGUCAACACGCCGGCAGACUACAAGGCACAAUGGAUUGACAUUCUGCCUAACGGUGGCUUGAGCUUCAACAGGUCGAUUGACUUCGAGAAGGUGUUCAGCCAGUCUGGUAAUGGCGGUAACAGGGGUGGAGCUAGGCCCCACUCUGCAGUUAUCUUCGACUUGACUGACCCAUCCAAUCCCAAGUACUACUAAGACAUAUGCCAAGGAUAGAGGCUUUGUAGCUUGUCGCAUGGAGGUAUGAACUGAGGGUUGAUCACAGUGUGCUUUGCUUCUUGUUGGUGUUGUUUGUAGAUUUGAUUGUCCAUACGGUCGUUACUACUUUCG